UAACGCAUCGCCCAUCAUCAAUUUUAGUCUAGAAUAGUGAUACGUUGCGUUUGAUUGUGCGUUUAUUCGUGUGCAAUGGAAAUAUCAAUCCCUGGACUGUCUGACGUCACUUGGGCACUGUUAAGUAUCCUAUGCAUCUGCUUGACCCUGAUAUGGGGCAUUCAUAAAUGGCGUAGGAGGCAUACGGAGAGACUUGCUUCAAAGUUUCCUGGACCUACAGCUCUGCCUAUCAUCGGCAACGCGUUGACACUUUUUAACAGAACUUACUAUGACUUAUUACGGAUCAUUACUGGACUUUGUCAGGAGUAUGGAUCACCAUUUAAAAUCUGGCUCGGUAGUAGACUUGUUGUUUUCAUCACAAAACCAGAGGAUAUCCAGAUUAUUUUAAACAGUUCUAAGACAUUAGAAAAAGAUAAUGUAUAUAUGUUUGUUGAAGCAAUGGUAGGGGCCGGUCUACUUACAGCACCACUCGAAAAAUGGAAGAAAACUCGAAAAAUUCUUACGCCACCUUUUUCCCCGAAAAAUAUCACAAGAUUUGUGCCUCUAAUGAACGAAAGAGCAACGAUUAUCAUACAAAAGAUGCAACAACAUUGUGGUAGUGGUGUCGAAAUAGAUUUUUAUCCGUACUUUUUCACGUCUGCUUUUGACACAGUCUGUGAAGCAUCUUUUGGGGUUCAGGUUGACUCUCAGCUGGGCCGAAGUGGAAAUUGGUCACAAGUUAUCUUUCGAAUUACGCCUCUUGUAAUGGAACGACUUCUUGCACCAUGGUUAUAUAUGGACUACAUAUAUGAAAAAACAAAUGCUGCAAAGGCGCUGAAAAAGUACUGUAACGAUUUUCGAGAAUUCUGCAAUAACGCAAGUAUUCAAUUUCACACUUUAUAA